AUGUACGGUAUUUGUGAAUCAGCUUUCUGAAACACAGGACUGAGCUCGCUACAUUUCUCAUAGAACUUCAGUAAACCUGAAGAUGAAAGAUUUUAGUGGACACUGUAUCCUGGCUGGAACUAGCUAUAUCUGCACACGCUUUUUCUCUUAUUCAUAUGUGCACUAACAACAAGUGCAGUUCACCAUUUCUUUGCAAUUUGGAAGUCUUCUUUCAACAGAGACCAGGGGGCACUUUCAGUCUCAGAAAAUUCUCUGGUUGAGGACAGUCCGCUGAUCUCUCUGCAUGCCAACUCCUCUGAAGUCUUACAGGUAGAGGAUCACACCUGUUAAUUAAUGGAUGUUGCUCCAGCAGUGUUUUGUACUUCAUCAACCCAGCCUUCAGCCAAACACAUGAGCAUCUGUCUGGAAACAACCCGGUCUUUAACCUAACACAAAAACAACUUGCUGGAAAUACAACAACAGUGAUUGCUAAAGACCCAAUAGCAGCCAACGGAAAAUCCCAUCCUCCACCCCAGAGUUUAGUUCAUAGCCCUGCUAUACCCCUAGGUCCAAGAACUAUGCCUUUGAGCACUGGCUUCAACAGAUUGAGCCAAAGAUCUAAAUCAAGCUUGGCUCUCAAGAAACCUGCGCAAUGUCAUCCUUCACCACGACCUCCACAACCACCAGACAUAGACAGCUACCGCUGUACCAUUGCUUUAGAUGAUGAAACAAUCUCUAGGGCUCUUUCUCGAGCCAAUCUACCCCAUACAUCUCCUGUAAACCAGACCAGCAGAACUGUCCUGCAGCAAUGGACUGAAUCAGAUGAGAAAGAAAGAAACUCAAGUGGGAGAAGUUUGUCCACUUCAUCAUCUAACUCUCUGGACACUUUUCCACAGCCUAUCCCUUUGGGCCUGUGCCAAAGCAUGGGCCAAGGCCUUUCCAUGGAUGACAGUAGUGAUAAACAUAACAUUGAGGAGGAAGAUUACUGUGUGGGACUCGAGAGGGACCUGCAUCUUCGACUUCGGACCUCUUGCAAGUCAAAGAGACUCCUGGCGGUUGAGCUAGUGGGGGCUCGUCCGAGAUCACUCAUUAUUUUCCCACAGGUGCUAAGGGGACACUUCCGCAAGAUUGGAGGUGUUCUUGCUACCCCUGAGAGAUGUAUAUUGAUGCAGAUUCUUGAGCUGGCCCAAGAUAAAGGCUCCUACUUUGGGUGUCUGGUGCAGGACUAUGUGAGCUUUGUGCAGGAGAACAAAAACUGCCACUCGUCCAGCCAGGAUCUUCUGCAGACACUCCGCCAGUUCAUGACCCAGAUGAAGGCUUACCUCAUUCAGAGCUCAGAAAUAAAUCCCCCUAUAGAGUCUUACAUACCGGAAGACCAGAUUGAUCCAGUAUUGGAGAAGGCCAUGCAUAAGUGUGUGCUGAAACCUCUGUAUGGUUCAGUGCAGUCAGUGCUGCAAGAGUUCCAGGAGGCCAGCGGGACGUGGCAGAGUCUGCAGAAGAAUCUGGCCCAGGCCAAGGCCAAACAGCCCUGGGAACUGGGCGCAAACAGAGCCAGGCCACCGGACGCACACGCCAUCCACAGGAUCCGUCGAGAGCUUCGUGCCAUGUGCAAGAUGUACUCACCUAAGAGGAAGAUUGUGGUGCUGUUGAAAGUGUGCAAACUCAUCUACAAUAUUAUGCAAGACCAAGCAGAGCGGAUGUUCGGAGCCGACGAUUUCCUGCCCAUGUUGACAUAUGUGUUGGUCCAGUGCGACAUGCCUCAGCUGGACACAGAGAUCCUGUAUAUGAUGGAGCUGAUAGAUCCACAACUGCUACAUGGAGAAGGAGGUUAUUACCUAACCAGUGCGUAUGGAGCGAUGUCACUGAUUAAGAACUUCCAGGAAGAGCAGGCGGCUCAAAAACUCAGUUCUGCAACACGCAACACACUUCAUCAGUGGCACCAACGUCGAACUUUGCAGAGAAACCUGCCCUCUGUGGAUGACUUCCAGAAUUACUUGCGAGUGGCUCUGCAGAAGGCCGAUAGCGGCUGUACGGCUAAAACCCUGCAGGUGCGGCCCUACGCCACUACGGAAGAGGUGUGUCGCCUUUGUGCCCUCAAAUUCCAAGUGUCAGAUCCUGAAAAUUAUGGGCUCUUUCUAUUGAUCAACGACAGCAGUCAACAAUUGUCUGCGGACAUACACCCUCAGGUUAUAAAGGCGGAGUUACAUAGUCGACCGCACCCUCAGCCUUUUUAUUUUGUCUACAGGAAGAUACUCAACAUAAAUGACUGCACUCUUGCUCAAUAGCAC